CAGGAUAAGUAGAGAGAAAGAGAGAAAGAGGAGUGGCAGAGAGGGAGGGUUGAGAGAUGGCCCGGAGUGGCCUCUACCCGCCCCUAUAGUACAGGAACCUCCUCUGUCGAUUUAUAGGUCUUCCAUGCACACAUAAACACACAUAGAUAGUCACACAGAGACAGCAGGGGCCUCUCAGACAAAGGCAGGAUGUGACAUCACUCACAGGAAGAGAAGCCAAACAACUUUUUUUCUUCUACUUUUUUGUCUGCGCUGCUAUGUCGCUGGCUGCUCAGUGAAGUUGGAGCCUCAAGGAAGGAGUAUCCAUAGGAACCGGAGAGGGACAGAUCUGCCUGGAUCGUUGUCCACAUGCCAAGUCGUCCACAUUGGGAGCCCAGCCAGAGAAGGGGUCCCUCCAUUCUCAAUCAUCCCCAAUGUAGAGGUCACUGCCCUCUGAAUAAGAACAACUCCUCAGAGACCUGCAACCUGAACAAACGUAUGUUUUUUAAACCUGUCCAAUCCAUGCUCAGGAAUCCCCUACCCAACACACACACUAACAAUUAGGCCCACGCCUCACCAUAGAGUCCACCAUUAAGACAAUGGCGCUCUGUCUUGGACAAGUCUUCAGCAAAGACAAAACGUUUAGGCCUCGGAAGCGCUUUGAGCCUGGGACCCAGCGCUUUGAGCUGUACAAGAAGGCCCAGGCCUCUCUGAAGUCAGGCCUGGACCUGAGGAAAGUGGUCCAGCUUCCCGAAGGAGAGAACAUCAACGACUGGAUCGCUGUGCACGUGGUGGACUUCUUCAACCGGAUCAACCUGAUCUACGGCACGGUCAGCGAGUUCUGCACCGAGCGCACCUGCCCCAUCAUGUCGGGGGGCCUGCGCUACGAGUACCGGUGGCAGGAUGGGGACGACUACAAGAAGCCCACCAAGCUGCCCGCCUUGAAAUACAUGAACCUUCUGAUGGACUGGAUAGAGACAAACAUCAACAAUGAGGACAUCUUCCCCACGAGAGUAGGUGUUCCUUUCCCUAAGAACUUCCAGCAGGUGUGUAAGAAGAUCCUGAGCCGUCUCUUCCGGGUCUUUGUACACGUCUACAUCCACCACUUUGACAGCAUCUGCAGUAUGGGCGCUGAGGCCCACAUCAAUACCUGCUACAAACACUACUAUUAUUUCAUCUCCGAGUUCAGCCUCAUCGAGCACUCUGAACUGGAGCCCCUGAGAGCAAUGACAGAGAAGAUAUGUAACUAAACCAUUUGGACAAUGGAGUUUACAUCAUUUCAACAUUCCCUGAGGCCAUCAAGAGACCCACUGCUUAAAUACCAUUCCAAACACUCAAACCAAAGGACAGUUGAAUGGAUUUUGAGUGGAUUUGAAGAACUAAAGUGUUAUCCAUCCCAAGCAUUAGAACGUUUGUUCACAUUUUCAGUCAAUAGGCUAUAUGUUUUAGGAAAAAGGACUGUUCUGCUUCCUAGAUUUUGUGCUGUGACAUUGUGCAGCACUCCAGUAUUUAGUGUUUUAUUUUUAUAACUAUUCUAGCUCUGUUUUAUUAAGCAUGAAUAUGUUUUUCUUGUGCAUGUUCUUGACAUCAUUUACUUCAGAAAUGUGUUUGCUGUUUCGAGGUGUUUGAGCCAUUUUGUGAUGGACAGAAGGUGACAUCACAAGACCUCUCUCCAGUGUUUUGCAUUUUGUGACAAAUAUGUGUCCAAUGUGUCCCAGCCAGAGGCAACAGAGUUAUGGACUUUGAAAAACAGACAUUUUGUGAGGUGUCUGGGUAAGUACAGGGUGACAACUGAAAGCAAUUCCACUGAAUUACUGACUUCAUUUUAAUUUAACAAAACUAGUUAAACCGGGAUUACUCUGUGAGACUAAUCUGAUUGAGAUGUGUAACAGAUUUAAUUGCCAAGUAUUACGACAAGUAAGGUCACCCACUACAAGUAGUGUUUUGUUGCAUGCCCUGUUAUUAUUAUCAUUGUAUUAUUAAGAGAAUGUUUUAGCUGUGAUCAAACUAAAUAUCAGACAUAGGAUAUUUUAAUUUAGAUGGUGACCAAUUAAAACCUGCCUUAUUGCUUUUGUAAAAGCUUAAAGUAACUGUCCAGUGUUUCCAGAUUUCUCUGAAAUAUGACCUAUAAUUAAUUACAAUAUGAGUGAA